AUGCCAGACGUAGUGUGGGAGCAUGGCCAAAAGGUCGGGGGUGGUUUCAAAUGCAAGUAUUGCAGGGAGGAGAAGGGUGGGGGAGGAGCAACACGGUUCAAAGAGCAUUUGGCACAUAGGGGGAAAGAUGUGAAGGACUGCCCUUCGGUUCCGACCGAAGUUAAGGAAUUCUUUAGUGAGCAGUUGGACAGGAACAAGGUUAGAGCAAAAGCAAGGCCCCGAGAAAGAGUGCUGAGGGACCAAGCAGCAAGGGGGCGGCACACUGACAUAGAGAAGGAGGGUGGCCAGGGGCACGACGAGGAUACAGAGCUACAGGCUGCCUUACACCAGUCCCGCCAAGAGUAUGACUUUAUGCAGCAAGCUGGGCCACGAUACGAGAGGGGUGGCGGAUCUGGAGCUGCUUCUGGAUCUAGAAGUGGUGGACCACAGCCUUCGAUGUUCAGAAGGAGUCAGUCACAAGUCCCCGAGAGGGUUAGGGACUACCACCUAGGUUUGAGCAGUGCUCCACGGCAGCAAAGGAUUGAUACCGGCCCAUGGACUGUCAAGGGGAGGACAUCAAGAGAGCUUCUAGGGAGGACAUGGGCGAAGGCGUGCUAUGCUGUCGGUAUUCCCGGCCGGAAAGUCGAUGACCCAUACUUUAAAGCUGCGAUCGUGGAGACCCAGAAACAAGGUGUUGGAAUCAAAAUACCAUCAGGGAGGUUGAUAGAUGGAAAAUAUUUGGAUGAGAAUGUGAAGGAGAUAGAGAAAGAGAUAGAGAAGUGGAAGAACGAGUGGGAUGAAUGUAGAGUCACGAUCAUGUGUGAUUCGUGGACGGGGCCUAUGCGUAACUCGGUCAUUAAUUUCUUGGUGUAUAGCGGUGGCACCAUGUAUUUCUUGAAGUCCAUCAAUGCGUCCGACAAAAUACAGGACCAUCAAUACUUGUUGAAGGAGAUACGAGCAGUGGUCAUGAAAGUGGAGCCUCACAAUGUGGUUCAGCUUGUCACGGAUAAUGGUUCGAACUACAAAAAAGCCUGCAAAAUUCUCUGUCACGAGUUCCCUACCAUUGCAUGGCAGCCUUGCCUUGCCCAUAUCAUCAACCUUAUGCUGAAGGACAUAGGGAAGUGGCCGGAGCAUGAUGCUUGUAUUCGAAGCGCGCAACGAAUUUGCAGCUGGCUCUACAACUCCAACAGUUUACACAGCAUGAUGAGGGAAGCCAUCGGUGGAGAGUUGGUCAAGUGGAAUGUAACAAGAUUUGGGACCAACUACAUGUUCCUUAAAAGCAUGUAUAAGAAGAAGGACCAGUUCAUGACAUGGUUAGUGUCACCUGAGUUCCGACGGUCCCGCCACUUCAAAAGUGAAACUGGAAGGUACAUUUACGAAUGCAUCACAAGUCUUGAAUGGUGGGCGAAUAUGGAGUAUGUGAUCAAUGAUGUUGAGCCUCUGUACAUGUUUCUGAGAUUUGCUGACACAGACAAGACACCUAAUUUGAGUGAGGUGACAAUGGAGUAUCAAAACAUGAGGCAGACAUAUGCCAGCAAGUUCAGCAGUGACUACCCCCGGUUUGAAAAGAACAUGGCUGUGAUAGAUGCAAGGAUGACCACAGUGAUGUCAGGCACAUAUAUGGCCACUGCUUGUGCUCUUAACCCUUACGUGCAGUACAGUUUGGGCACAUCACAGACAGUCAUGGCAGUAAUGCGCAAUGGUCUGGAGAAAAUGUUGAAUGCUAGGCGAAUGGCCAUUGACAGGAAAACUUCACCAGCUGCUUGGUGGGCUACAUUUGGGGGAGAUACACCAGUGUUGCAAAGGGUCGCCCGACGCUUGUUGUCGCAGUGUGCAGCCUCUAGUGGAUGUGAAAGGAACUGGAGCACCUUUGCUUACAUCCACACCAAACUGCGCAAUAGGUUGAGCCACCAGAAAUUGGACAAAUUAGUCUUUGUGAACUACAACCUCCGCUUGCGUCUGCAACGUGCUACUAGAGGGGUCGAUCCAUAUGACUAUGAUCCAGUUAGCAGUUUCAUGGAUUUUUCUUUGUACCGGCAGUCAUCAGCAAUUCAAGAUUGGAUGAAGCAAUCAAGGUCCAAUGGAGACCCAGCAUUUGAUGAAAACUCAGACUUCACUGACACUCCAUUGCCGAGCCAGAUGUUCACUGACAUAGGCUCUUCUCAUGGUCACGAUGAAGAUGUGGAAACAUGGGCCGAAGAAACAAUUGGGGACACACAUCUGGAAAAAAGAAAGACUAAGAUUGGUCCCGAAAUGAGAAAAGGGAAGAAACCACGCACUGAGGAGGAGUUAGGUAGUGACGAUACCACACCUGAGCCUAGUGGUGGUGAGGACAUUGGUGAUGAUGAUGAUGAUGAUGAUGAUGAUGAUGAUGAUUCCAGUAGCAGUGAAGGUGAUGGCAAUGAUAGCAACGAAAGUGGUGGUUAUCGUAUAUCUCCUACUAUAAGGUUCACUGGGGAGGAGGACUUCACCCAUGCAACACAAGAUACAGAUCAUGGAGCACCUUCUUCACAACGACAAACAACAUCGACACGUCGACAUGGUCGACAGGCCCCACUUGCAUAUGAUGAAGAUAGCUCCAACUCUGCCUGCAGUGGUCAGUACUACAACCCUUACAGUACUUCUCCCCCUGCAGGGGGCUUUCUGUGGCCACCACCAGGGGUGGUGAACCCGCCACUUCCGCAGGCAGUUGCAGCAUUGCCUUAUUUGGAUUAUCACGGCUACCUACCAUAUGGAGCUCCACAGUUGCAAUAUCACCCACCUACGUAUGUGUAUUUGCCACCAUCAGACGAGCCGUAUGAGGGACCACCGGGAGAGAGAUUUGAGGACUGA